UCUUCAUUUAUCCAACAAUGGCAGCACUGGAAGCAAACCUCUCUUCCAAAUGCUCCACAACGUGUUUCCAAAUACUUCUCCUACUUGCUUUCUCCACCAUUUUUGCUUCCGCUAAAAAUGUCAUCACCCAUCUCCCUGGUUUUGACGGCGAACUUCCUUUCUACCUCGAAACCGGAUAUAUUGGUGUUGGGGAAUCGAAUGAGUCGCAGUUGUUUUACUAUUUUGUGGAAUCACAGAGGAGUCCUUCCCUUGAUCCUCUAAUGCUAUGGCUUACUGGAGGUCCUGGUUGCUCUGUUCUCUCUGCUUUCUUCUAUGAAAGUGGUCCAGUAGCUUUUGAUUAUGCAAAUUACAAUGGAAGUUUACCAUUACUCCACCUAAACCCUGAUGCAUGGACAAAGGGCCUCAACAUACUAUAUGUAGAUGCACCAGUUGGCACUGGAUUUUCCUACUCAACAACUGCAGAAAAUUACUAUGUUAAUGACACCAAAUCCGCCUGGCAAACCUAUGAAUUUUUGCAGAAAUGGCUACUUGAGCAUCCACAGUUCUUAAAAAAUCAAUUUUUCAUGGGGGGCGAUUCUUAUUCUGGCAUUCCUCUUCCAAUGAUAGUUCAACAUAUACUUGAUGGAAACAAUGAAGGAAUGAAGCCAACCAUAAACCUGAAAGGAUACAUUCUUGGAAAUCCAAAGACUGAUGAUUACAUUGACAGCAAUUCAUUAGUACCAUUUGCCUUUCGAGUAACACUCAUUCCACGUGAACUUUAUCACUCUGCAAAGUAUUACUGCAAUGGAGAUUAUGUCAACAUAAAUGAAAGCAAUACAGGUUGUGUUGCAGCCAUUGAUGCAUACGAUCAGUUGGUUCUUCAAAUAAAUACUAUGAAUAUUUUGGAACCGAUUUGCCAAAUUGCCAAACCAAGAAAAAGUAUUGAAGGAAGAAGAUCAGCUGAAGAGAUUGAGCCUGAAGAAAUUCCCCUUUCCAAAAUUAAAUCCGGAAAGGCACUGUGGUGCAGGGAUUAUAAUUAUGUUCUAUCUGCAGUUUGGGCUAAUGCUAGAAUUGUCCGAGAAGCUCUCCAUGUUAGAGAUGGCACAGUUGGAGUGUGGAAGAGGUGCAAUUCCAGCAUAGCUUAUACAAAGACUCAGUCAAGUACUGUUGGUUAUCAUAAAAACUUUACAAGCUCAAGCCUUAGAGCUCUCAUUUACAGUGGCGAUCACGACUUCUCUGUUCCACAUGUUGGUACACAAACUUGGAUUAAUUCACUGAAUAUGACUAUAUAUGAAUAUUGGCGAGCAUGGUUUGUACAGGGUCAAGUUGCCGGGUAAGUCCGACACAAAAGCUCUAACCAGGGUAGAAUCUUGAUAGUUUUAUCAAUCGUUUCACAGAUUUUCCAGGUUUGUGAUGUCCAUGGCAAUGGAUUUUACUAAUUAAUUAUGCAAUUUUUCUCAUGUAUGCAGUUACACAGAGAAGUUAGUUAGUAGUGACUUUACUCUUAUAUUUGCCACAGUGAAGGGUGGUGGUCAUGUUGCUCCAGAGUACAAACCGAAGGAAUGUUACAAAAUGAUCGAACGAUUCAUGGCGUAUUACCCUCUGUAAUUAAUUAU